GCUGAGCCGCUAGGUGCCUUCCAAGGAGGUGGCCGACUGGAAGAAGCCCACGGAGGGAGGAAGGAGACGGCCAUGGCAGCCAACGGCUCCGGUGGGAUGCACGAUGCUCUCCUGGACAGCAGCCUCCUCAGCGAUGACGACCUCGUUUCCAACUGGUACAUCUACGAAACCAUGGAGCCGGCCGUGCCACAGGAUGACAUGUUUCCUGGCGUAAUCCCAGACUGUGACCCCACUGUUUCUCCCAGGAUGUAUCACAUCUGCAUGGCACCCAUCUCUCUGGCCGUGCUCCUGGGCUUGUCCUUGCUGGUGAAGCGCAGGCGUCUCCACCAGAGCUGCUGGAACGGUGUCCCAGGACUGCUCAGCCCAGCCAACUUUCUGGAAGAGGAAGGCAACCAAGGGCUGGUGGCCGCGGUGUUUGGCAUCCUCUUCUCCUCCCUGUGCGUGCUGGUCUUGGACAGGGACCCUCUGCCACUCAUCUCCCACUCCUCCCAGAGCAGCCGGGAGUACUGGAAGAUCAUGGCUUUGCUCUACUACCCAGCCUUCUACUACCCCCUGAUCGCCUGUGCCACCGUCCGGCACAGGCUCAGCUACCUCGUGGGCUGCCUGCUCUCCUGGUGCCACUGCGCGGUCCACAUCUGGCAGAAGGUGGAUUGUCCCCAGUCACCAAAGAUAUACAGGUACUACUCCACACUCUCAUACGUCCCCAUCAUCCUCUGCCUCGUCCUCUUAAGCCUUUGGUAUCCAGCCCUGCUCAUCAGGAGCUUCACUGUCCAGGAGGAGGCCUUGGAUAAGGAGGUUACAGGGACAGGGUAUUACAAGAAGUACCUAAAGGCUGUCCUAUCCAAACGCCCUCGGAAGGGAAGCUCCACGAAGAUAGAAGAGAGCCUGCUCUCAAGGAUCCAGACGUAUUUAUGCUCCUACAUCUACACUCCUGAGGAAGGUUUCCGGAUCCCCCUGAAGCUCGUCGUGUCCAUAACCAUGGCUGUGAUCGCCGUCUACCAGGUCGCCCUGCUGCUCCUGGUAUCCUUCGUUCCCACCAUCCAGAUCGUGCGGGCGGGAAUGACGAAGGACGUCGUGGUGUUGUUGGUCCAGUUUGGCUUGGUGCCCUCAGACAACCCAGCUGUCCCAGGGGACAUGGAGAAGGAGCUCAACAUUGUCAAGCACUACCUGUGGUCGCUGGAAGUGUGCUACAUCUGCUCGCUGGUGCUGUGCUGCCUCCUGACCUGCGCCAUGCUCCUGAGGACGCUGGUGAUGCACAGGAAUAACCUGAAGGCCCUUUACCAAGGGGCUGUGCUGGACGUGUUCUACAAAGCCCACAUCCUCCGCCCGUCCCGACAAGCCGUUGUCUGCUGGAUGAGCUUCGCCGGCUUCCAGGCAGCUUUCGCCUGCUUGGGUCUCCUCAUCCAGCAAGUGAUCUUCUUCUGCUGCUCGGUGGCGUUUGCCUUCCUUGUUGUCAUCCCACUCCAGUACGGCACGAGCACCCCCCUCUUCACAAUCAUCCAGAACAUGUGGCCCUUCUGGUUGACCCUGGUGGUUGCCGUCAUUGUGCAGCAUUUGGCAGCUCACUACCAGUUCCUGGAGCAGCAUCCCCUGCGGAAGGAGCUCACCAACAGGCGAGCCCUCUACAUAGUCACCUACCUGCUCUUCCCCAUCAACGUCCUGGUGGGUGUCCUGGCUGGGGUGUGGAGGAUGGUCAUUUCUGGCCUUUACAAUGCCAUCCACUUCUGCCAGCUGGACAUCAGCCUGCUGAACCGGGGCGUGGAGGCCUUUGACCCAGGCUACCACACGUACUGCCACUAUCUGAAAAUCGAGGUCAGCCAGUCCCACCCGGUGAUGAAAGCUUUCUGCUUGCUGCUUCUCCAGCCAGCCCGGCCAGAGCGGCCGGCGGCACCCCAGCCCAGCAACGUGGAAGAGGGUGAGGCCUUCCCACCUUCAACCAAGGGGGAUGCACAGCCGUCAGCGUGGGGUGGCAUCAGCGCCUCCUCUGCAGGCAUCCAGCUGAUGCAUCCCGAGAGGACGCCCCUGAGCAGGGCACGGACCAGGCGGAGCCGAGCCCGUUGGUGCUUGGCUUACACGCUCCUCAACAACCCCUCGCUGACGGCCUGCCGGAAAACCGCCCUCUCCGACCCCACGGCCAACGGCACCCAGCUCAGCCCCCCCAAACCCUGACCUCCAGAGAAGCCACCCACCUCUCUCUGCCUCCCAUGCACGCUCCUGUCCCAUCCCGUUCCUGUCUCCUGUUCCUGCACCGACAGGAGUUUUGGGCCCCCUCUCCAGCCUCCGGAGCCUUUCCAGUGGUGUUGGGGGCUGGUUUUUAUCUCUAGGUCAAUGCUGAGCCACUCCCAAGGCCCAGAGGUGGAGACAACUGGGUCCCCUCCAAGCCUGACCUGGAAGGAGAUGAGCCAAGCUAAAUCCUUCCGGCAUCUCAGAGAUAUUUUAGGAGUCACUCCUGCAAUGAGCCCACCCGUUCUCAACAGCUGCCUUUUCGACACGUGGCAAGGCAAGCAAAACCCCCAGUGCCAGGGCAUAAGGAAAGAGGGAGAAGGUGUGUGGAGGGAUCCUUAACCAUCCUCAGCACAAGGAAUUACCUGCAUCUCAAUGUGAUCUCCUAGUGGAGAAGACCCCCACUGCCAACCCCAUCCCCAGCUUCUCCCUUUCUGAUCCUGGCUCCCUUUGGGCACUGGGACUUGCUUUUUUCCCCAGUUCUGUGAAGGAUAAAAUCCCAUCUGCCCCUGUUCUGGGCUGUGAGGCUGCAGAGCUGUUUGUUUUCUGUCCUCCCCUGUCCUCUCACCCCCCCACCCCAGUGCCUCUUGUUGCCACCCCGUUUUGUUUAAAGCCAGCAGCUCCCAGGGCGGGUGUCCCUCCGAGCGAGACGAGCUUGAAUCCGUAGAAUCCAGUUUUACACCUCGCUUGGAUGUGCUGAG